AUGCCGGCGGCUCUGUUUCUUCAAGAACAAGACCUGCAAACACUCGAGGAUGUCGUAGGCGAAGAGAGGGGCCCCGGGGGCCUCCGGAGCUUCGCAGAUCGGGCCCACUUCCCCGUGCCCCUCGACUUCCAGAAGGCCCCCGCCCCCCACAGACAGCGCCGGCGAACAGGUUUGGGCCUCGGCAUUAUUUACCUGCUGGUGGUGGGCCUCGUUGUGGGCAGGCGCAUGUUGGCGAAGCCGCAGGACGCUGCUGCUGCUGCAGCGGAUCCGCUCGAAGCAGCAGACCACGUUUCCCCCGUCCCGCGGGCAACAGCAGCAGCAGCAGCAGCAGGAGACGCUGCGAGCGAGAAGCGCCCCGGGAAGCAGCAGCAGCAGCAGCACUUGAGCGAGAAGCAACUCGGCCCGGCUGGACGCCCCGGAGCAUGCAAAGAAGAGGAACAAGCGCGAGCAGCAGUAGAGGCCGCCGCGGCCGCAGUAAUUGGCCCCGUGCAGGGUCCCGCAGCAGCAGCAGCAGCAGGAGGAGCGGUGGGGGAAGCGGGAGUUGGGACGAAAAUGGGAAACGUGAAGGAAAUGCUGGAAGCCGCAGGCGCGCUGGUGGAGGCGCUGGCCACACCGGAGGCGUCGCGGCUGCUGGUCAGCGCCGAAGAGGAAUUCAAAAAGGCCGAAGAACUUGAAAUGGACUUUGAAGAAGCUGCAGCUGUGGAUCAUCACCUGGAUAAUGCGCUGAAGGAGCUGCGGCGGCUGCACUCUGCGGCGCUGCGGGAGGGAAGAACUCUGGAAGACGAAAACGCCCGAGCCAGCCACAUUGUGCCGCUCUGGGACCCCGAAUCCGAAACAGAUCCUCCAUUUUUAAUAAAUGGUCAGUACGACCUGAGCGACUCUGUGCAGCGGAUGCUGCACACGUUCAACUCGGUGACGGAAAUGUCUCAGGAACUCUGCGACGACUUCAACGAUGUCAGUCGCUCGCUGCUGAUCUGUGGACAGUUCGACUGCGAAGGCGACGCCGAAUUGAUCACAGACGCUGCAAAUUACAUUCGCUACUUGAAACACAACCUCAGUGCGCAGCACGGCAUCAAAUACAUUGCUAAUCGGCUGCGCGAAACGAUCUUCGCGGGGGUGAAGUCGCGGGAGCUCCGCAAGCGCGAGGCUUCGCUGUUGCUGCUGCAGGACGACACUGUGCAGCUGCAGAUCUUCUUGAGACUCGCAAAGGCCGACAAAACGUCCCACUUGAAGAGCCAGGAGGGGCUGCACGAGGGGAUCGCGCCGCUGGAAGUGAUGCUGGGGGAUGCGGAAACCUUGCUGUCCACUAUGCGCAUGCUGCUGACGGAAAUUGAGAACUGCAACUCGAUGGAAACCAUGUUCGCCGCUGCGGGCCAGUUCGACGAAAUUGGCAUGACGGCGACAGAACUCAUGCAGAAUGUGCAGGAACACGCGUCGAGUCUUCCGAAGCACUUCGGAGGCAUAGAGCGCCACAUCCGCGUGUCCGUUGUCGCCGAUUCCGAGCGCAUUCACGAAGCCUGUGUGUCAAAGAGCAAGGCCGUGCUGGAGGUUCUCGAAAACGCGAAGAAGAAGCUCGAAAAAGGCCUGCAAAGCGACCAGAGCCUCCCACGAGCUGGAGCAAAGAAGCUCGACAGCAGCAUGUCCGACGCGGCCUUUACAGCUCCAAGGAAGCUUCCACUCCUUCAAAACGCGUACUCAGCCACGGAAAGCCCGCAGAGCCCCCCGGCCAACGCCCCAGCACUCGAUCUUCCGCGCUCAGCCGCCUGCCGCCGCCGCAGCUCUUUCCCCGCUUUCUGCCGACAAAUUCCCAAAUAG